AUGACGCCACCUCGUGCUUUACGUGCAGACGCCGACUAUAUCCCUGUGCAUUUACGGCGCUUUGUCUUCCAUUCACAAGAUGAUUUCUAUGUAUCACGUCAUUUUGAUCCGUUAUUACUAAGUCAUCUCAUGUACGAGGGUUUCUUACCCAUCGCUUCCGAGUUCCAGGACCAAUGUCUCUUACUGCCAAAACUUCAUCGUCAGCGUUGUCUGCUGCUCUUUAAGAGGGAUGAACCCGAGCACGUUCCCAAAAUUGUUCGUAAAAGAGCAAAGAAAUUUACAUUCGUACUUAAUCGGGACUUCGACCGUGUCAUUGCUGGAUGUCAUGAAAAGCACGGGAUUCCCUGGCUCUAUCCCCCUAUUGUCAAAAGCUUUAAAACCCUAUUUAACGCUGGAAAUGCAGGUAUCGAGCUUUAUCCUGGAAUUAGAGUGAGAUUUUUUACAGUGGAAUUGUAUGAUGUCGUCACGGAUUCUUUAGUGGCUGGAGAGCUUGGAUAUACAGUAGGUAGUGUCUAUACGAGUCUAACAGGCUUUAGUAGAGCUAAUGGAGCAGGUACAGUGCAGCUUCAUGCUCUUAGCAAGUUUUUGUACUUGGCCGGGUUCAAAAUGUGGGAUUUGGGCAUGUCAAUGAGCUACAAAAUGAGUUUGGGAGCUAAGGACUUUAAACGGGAUAUGUUUCUGGAUUUGCUUUACAAGUGGCGUUCUCAGCAAGUUUUGAUGAAAUUGAAUGGAAACAAGGAAGAGAAUGAUGUUGGUAUGGGAGUCGUGGUUAAAUCUCUAUUUGAUCCUUCGAAACCUUCACUAGAAAUUACUGCAAAGAGCGAGGAUGGAAAUGAAGAGCAACAAAAGGAACACAUUGCUGGAAAUCUGGCUAAUGAGUUGAAAGACGAGACAGAUACAAAAGAUCACGCAAUGAACGAUACGACGGAUGAGAAGCGUGAAGCUGGUGCAAAACGAAAACUGUCUUUGGGUGAUCGGCACCAGGGCGAGGAUAAGAAGGGCAAGUCCAAAGUGGACGCAAGUCUAACAUCAGAAGCAGACAUUCUGGUCAAUAAGAACGAUAAUUAG